AUGGAUGCUGCGGGAAGGGGCUGCCAUUUGCCGCCCCUGCCAGCGGCGCGCAGACCUGUUCGCUCUCCGGCGGUGGCGGCCGCCGUCAGCGCUGUUCGUCUGUCCGACUUCUGCAGCGGCGCCGCCUCGGCUCCCUCCGCGGCCGCCGGAGCGGUCGCCAUGAACCCCAGCUCCUCGGCGGCAGAGGAGAAGGGGGCAACGGGCGGCAGCAGCAGCAGCGGAAGCGGCGCCGGGAGCUGCUGCCUGGGCGCCGAGGGCGGUGUGGACCCGAGGGGCGCGGGGGCAGCGGCGGCGGCUGGGGCCGCUGCCCUGGAAGAGCCCGGGGCCGCCGGCCCGAAAGAGAAGGACGAGGCGCUGGAGGAGAAGCUGCGGAACUUAACUUUCCGGAAGCAGGUCUCUUACAGGAAAGCAAUCUCCCGGGCGGGCCUGCAGCACCUGGCUCCCGCACAUCCCCUCAGCCUUCCUGUGGCAAACGGGCCAGCGAAGGAGCCCAGAGCGACUCUGGACUGGAGUGAAAAUGCCGUGAAUGGAGAGCACCUGUGGCUGGAGACCAACGUCUCGGGAGACCUGUGCUACCUGGGGGAGGAGAACUGCCAAGUCAGAUUUGCAAAAUCAGCUCUCAGGAGGAAGUGUGCUGUCUGUAAGAUCGUCGUCCACACCGCCUGCAUCGAACAGUUAGAAAAGAUUAAUUUCCGAUGUAAACCAACAUUUCGAGAAGGGGGCUCAAGAUCACCGAGAGAAAAUUUUGUGCGUCAUCACUGGGUACACAGGCGUCGGCAGGAGGGAAAAUGUAAGCAGUGUGGUAAGGGCUUCCAGCAAAAAUUCUCCUUCCACAGUAAAGAGAUUGUGGCUAUCAGCUGUUCCUGGUGCAAGCAGGCGUUUCACAAUAAGGUGACCUGCUUCAUGCUGCAUCAGAUUGAGGAACCCUGCUCCCUGGGGGCUCACGCUGCUGUUAUUGUCCCGCCCACCUGGAUCAUUAAGGUGAAGAAACCUCAGAACUCGCUGAAGGCUUCAAAUCGGAAGAAGAAGAGAACAAGCUUUAAAAGAAAAGCCAGUAAAAGAGGAACUGAAGAAAACAAAGGUCGCCCUUUUGUGAUAAAACCUAUCUCUUCUCCUCUCAUGAAACCUUUGCUUGUGUUUGUGAACCCCAAGAGUGGAGGCAACCAGGGAACCAAGGUCCUGCAGAUGUUCAUGUGGUACCUGAAUCCACGGCAAGUCUUUGAUCUUUCUCAGGAAGGGCCAAAAGACGCGCUUGAAUUAUAUAGGAAAGUACCAAAUCUGCGGAUUCUGGCCUGUGGUGGGGAUGGAACGGUGGGCUGGAUCCUUUCCAUUCUGGAUGAACUGCAGCUGACCCCUCAGCCUCCGGUUGGGGUCCUUCCUCUGGGGACUGGGAACGACCUGGCUCGAACUCUCAACUGGGGAGGGGGCUACACUGAUGAACCUGUUUCUAAGAUCCUUUGCCAAGUUGAAGAUGGGACAAUUGUACAGCUAGAUCGCUGGAACCUCCAUGUGGAAAGAAACCCAGACUUGCCUCCAGAAGAACUUGAAGAUGGCGUGUGUAAGCUUCCUCUGAAUGUUUUCAAUAAUUACUUCAGCCUCGGAUUUGAUGCCCACGUCACACUGGAGUUCCAUGAAUCCAGAGAAGCAAAUCCAGAGAAAUUCAACAGUCGUUUUCGAAAUAAAAUGUUCUAUGCAGGGGCAGCUUUUUCUGAUUUCCUACAGAGAAGCUCUAGAGAUUUAUCCAAGCAUGUUAAAGUUGUCUGUGAUGGAACAGAUCUCACCCCAAAGAUUCAGGAACUGAAGUUCCAGUGUAUAGUAUUUUUAAAUAUACCCAGAUAUUGUGCUGGCACAAUGCCUUGGGGGAACCCAGGAGAUCACCAUGACUUUGAACCUCAGCGUCAUGAUGAUGGUUAUAUUGAAGUCAUUGGAUUCACCAUGGCCUCUUUGGCUGCCCUGCAAGUGGGGGGCCACGGAGAAAGGCUGCACCAGUGUCGGGAGGUCAUGCUGCUAACUUACAAAUCCAUCCCCAUGCAAGUGGAUGGGGAGCCCUGUAGGUUGGCCCCGGCUAUGAUUCGGAUCUCGUUGAGGAAUCAGGCCAACAUGGUACAGAAGAGCAAGAGAAGGACGUCCAUGCCUUUACUCAAUGAUAUCCAUCAGGUGCAAGCUGCGGACCUGCGGAGAGUGUCUGCACCCCCAGGCUCCUUCACCAUUCCCCAGUCUGUCCCAGACCGUCUGAGGAUCCGGGUGAACAAAAUCAGUUUACAAGACUAUGAAGGAUUCCACUAUGACAAAGAGAAACUCCGGGAAGCUUCCAUCCCUCUGGGUAUUCUAGUUGUGCGCGGAGACUGUGAUUUGGAGACUUGCCGUAUGUACAUAGAUCGCCUGCAGGAGGACCUGCAGUCAGUUUCUUCUGGCUCCCAGAGAGUUCAUUACCAGGACCACGAAACCUCCUUCCCCAGGGCGCUCUCAGCUCAGAGACUCUCCCCACGGUGGUGCUUUCUAGAUGCUACUUCUGCUGAUCGCUUUUAUCGAAUAGACAGAUCUCAGGAACAUUUGCACUUUGUGAUGGAGAUUUCUCAAGAUGAGAUUUUUAUUCUGGACCCAGAUAUGGUGUUGUCACAGCAGGCAGGGACACCCCCAGGAAUGCCCGAUCUGGUGGUGGAGCAAGCCUCCGGAAUGACAGACUGGUGGAAUCCUGCCCUCCGGAGACGCAUGCUGAGUGACAGCGGGCUGGGAAUGAUCACUCCGUAUUACGACGAAGACUCAGAUCUGAAAGAUUUCAGCCACUCCCGAGGGCUACAGUCACCAGUCUCUUCAGAAGAUCACGCAAUUUUGCAGGCAGUAAUAGCUGGUGAUCUUAUGAAGCUAAUAGAAAGCUAUAAAAAUGGAGGCAGCCUGCUAAUUCAGGGACCAGACCACUGUUCACUCCUUCACUACGCAGCUAAAACCGGCAACGGGGAGAUUGUGAAAUAUAUCCUCGACCACGGACCCUCUGAGUUAUUGGAUAUGGCAGACAGCGAAACGGGUGAGACCGCACUGCACAAGGCAGCUUGCCAGCGGAACCGGGCUGUGUGCCAGCUUCUGGUGGACGCAGGAGCAUCUCUGAGAAAGACGGACUCCAAGGGUAAGACACCUCAAGAGAGAGCACAGCAGGCCGGAGACCCGGAUUUGGCAGCCUACCUAGAAAGCCGCCAGAACUAUAAGAUCAUUGGCCAUGAGGACCUGGAAACUGCUGUUUGA